AUGGCUGCCCAGCCGGCCGGCCGCCUGCUUGGGCGUGACGGGCGUCGCAGCUUGUCCCCGUGGGGCCAAUUGUACCUGGGGACGAACGAGACGGUCGGCCAGGAGCCGAGUCCCCCUCGGAUCACCCUGAGCCCGCAAUCUCCGCAGCCGGCCCUGCCCCAACCAGCGCCCCCAGCCCCGCUGCCGCCCGGUUCCCGGCCCGCUGCCGGAGUUCCCCCGGCAACGCCGUGUAAACGCACCCGCCCCGCUCCGCCAGAGCACCGAACGCCGAAGCGAACGGCCGGGGAGGUUGGGGCUUGGAUUUCGUGCCGCCCGGCAAAGGGGCACAGCUGCCAGCUGGGGAUGCCCUGUGGCUUCUGGGCGUGUUGCUGCGCCUCUGUCACCCUUCGACACCCGAAGAGGAGAAGAAAAGAAGGUUGUGGAAUUGUUGUUGCUCUUCAAAAUGCAGAUAAAAUGAUGGAGGAAAUGCAUCAGUCAUACAAAGCUCUAGGAAAAAAUAGCCAAAUAGCACCAACAACUGGACUGUGGCCAGAUAAACAAGUGGCAUGUUUUAAAAGUAAAAAUCAGUUAGCAUUACAGAUGGGAGAGCACACUUCUCUACCUUUCUUGCUGAAGAAGGAGAACGUAAGACAUGGCUUUGACUUCAGCUUUCUGCUACAGGCCACAUGCACAGAAUCUAACAUUUCAAAAUCAUUUAUGGAUUUGGGUGCCUUUCAGAUAAUACAAGCACAUGCACGACAAAGGUUAAAUAUAACAAUAGGAGAAAAGAGGAACAAGAAAUCUGAGUUUCAUUUGCCACCAGUGACAUUUCAGCCUGUAAGAACAAUUCAUCUUGCUCUUCUAGAGGAUAAUUUUGUCAAUGAAAGCACCAAGAUCAGAAAUAUUUUGAAUAUUAUGAACUUUAUUCCCCAGCCUAUAAAACCAGCUAACAAUUUUUAUCAGUAUCAGGUAGACAAUCUAUUAAAAAGAGACGCUGAAAAGUCUUCAGGUCUGAUCGUGGCUACUAUUUCUGAUAAGUUCACUCCAACACAAGACCUGUGCUGCUUCAGCAAGGAUAAAUAUUAUAAGUACUCUAGUGACAGGAAAGAAGAAAUUGAAAACAAUUUGAAAUGGAGGGAAGCUGAUGUAGCUACCAAUAUUGAAAAGAAUGACCAGAUGAGGUAUCAGUUGUCAGUGGCUUGUAAGGACGUAGAUAUUAUGACCCAAGUCAGGUACUGGGAUGCUAGUUCUUCCUACUUCAGCACAAGUAACGUUGUGAUAAACUGUGGAAUACUUACAGCUUUAUGUCCUGUGUCAAACAACACAGACACUUUAAGAGCUGGUGAGAAGGAAAAAAGAGCGGAGAAUUCCUGUACAACUGGUAUAGAAGGAGGAGAUAUUCCAGAAAUGACAGUGGGUUAUACACCAUGUGAAGAUGAUGAGAGCGUGAACUUCAUGCUUGGCAAUCAUGAUUUAGAUUCUUCCUGUACAAAUGAAGUGAUAGAGGCCUACUGUGCCUUAGAAGGUAACUCUGUAGCUGCAGUCAUUCCCAGAGUGCAAGAUUGUUCUGGAAAACAAACAGAAAAUAAUGUUUGUCUUCUCGAAUUUGAAAAGAAAAAAGAAGCAACGCAAGAUACGACUGCAGAAGAUCAAAGUGAGCUUGUACCUGUUGCCCACGUUAUGUUCUCUGAACGAGAACCAGCUAAGGAACCCAUUGCUAAAUGUCCUGCCGGGAGAAGGAGUGUCAUUCGUAGCCUCCCUCCUCGUGUUAGUCAGAGCUGCAAUGUUCCUGCUCGCAAAGAAAAUGACAAAGGUGAGAUAAAGAUGAAGAGAAACAAACAUUCAUCAAAAUCUAAAAUAAGUAGCAAGAUAAAGAUAGCUGAAGGCGUAAUUGUUUCUGAUGAGAUUUCCACAAAAUAUAAUACACAAGAGAUGAAUGCCAAGAAUCGGAUUUUUCCAUCUUUGCAACUGCCAUGCAUGGAAUCUGAGACUUCCCUGAAACGUCAAAAAAAAAUACCUCAAGCAAACAAAUACCAUUUUCCUCAGAGUGCUCAAAAACUUAAAAAGCAAAGUUUCUCCUGCAGCUGCAAAAAUCCAGUUAUUUUAAAGAAACCUGUUACUCCUCUUUCUCUACCGUGUGCACAGUCUGCUUCAGAUUUUGUACAUCUGAAAUACAGUGACAUGUUCAAGAAAAUAAAUUCAAAUGACAAUGGUCCAGGUAUUUAUGAAAUGUUUGCAACUCCAGUCUAUUCCCACAUGCGUGAGCUUGAUCAACAUGAGAACAGUUUUUACAGAGAUGUUUGUUCUGCUCCACUUGGGAGAUGCACUGCUAGCACCUGCAGAUCUACCUGCAAUAAAAGGAGAGAGAGCAGCCAAGUAAGAAACACUCAAAAGAGAACGUAUUCUAAGCCAAAGAAGACCGUAUCUGGUACCAAACAAAAGCAGAAGGGCUUAAUUCCAAAGGACAAAAGUAUCAAAUUCAGUGAUAGCAACACAGAGCAAGAUAAUGUAAUAACUUCUGGUCCGGAUUGUCAAAUACAAACUUCAAGGAGCAUGUCGCUGGUUUGCGGAGACUUAGAUGAUCAGCUUAUAUUUUUAGAAGAGCUUUCACAGUCAACCAAACAAAAUAAAAAAAAUUCAAAUUCAAAGUUAUCUCCUAUUACAGAAGUCUCUUUGGAGAAGUCUUUAGACAGUCAGGGUCUAUCCAACCAUCAGAUAGCUUCUACCUGUAGCCAGAAUCUUCUUCAGUUAAGUGAUAAAGACUACACAGAAUGUGCUGCUGUACGCAGCAGUUCAUUAACAACAGACCAGAACAUUUGUGUACCCCAGUACAGGGUGGAUAAGGACGGCUGCACAGGCCUGGAAUCACACCAGACCUCCUUCAGGACUAUAAAUCGACAUGAAUCAUUGCACUUUUCAGACAGACUGCAGUGUCAAUCCCUUGCAAAAAAAUCAAGUCAGAGUUGGGCAUACACACCUCAGGGCAGUAGUUUGGCAAAUGAAUUUACUCAGCCUUCAGUGAUUCAGACAACAAAUGUUACAAGUCCCAGUUUCCAGACAAGUCAAAACAUUUUGUCCUGGGCAGGUAAAAAGGACGUGACUGACGAGUUGCUUUGUUGUCUGGCUGCAGAAUUGCUAGUGCUUGAAGAAAAAGACAUCAACUCUUCAAGAACAAAAAUUGCAGAUUCUAAAAUGCAGAAUGCCUAUGCGAAAGAAGGAAAUACGAUGAACGGAGAUGGAGAAAUACUAAAUAGUGCUCUAGUGAAGAGUUACAGUAGAGCCUUUUUGGGAUCAAAUGGAGAAAGAGACCUGCUAAACUUUGAGGAAUCUACUGAAGUGCCCGGAAGCAUUUUAACUAACAAGGACACUAUCACGUGGACGAGAGGUGAAGUUCUUGGAAAGGGAGCCUAUGGCACAGUAUACUGUGGUCUGACAAGCCAAGGACAAUUAAUAGCAGUAAAACAGGUUGUUUUGGAUACGUCAGAUCAACUCACUACAGAAAAGGAGUAUCAGAAGUUGCACGAGGAAGUUGAUCUUUUGAAGACGCUGAAACAUGUCAAUAUUGUAACUUAUUUAGGAACUUGUCUGGAAGACAACAUGUUAAGCAUUUUCAUGGAGUUUGUUCCCGGUGGCUCAAUUUCUAGUAUUAUUCAUCAGUUUGGUCCGUUGCCAGAAAUUGUCCUUUGCAAAUACACAAAACAAAUUCUAGAGGGGGUUGCAUACUUACACGACAAUGGUGUGGUGCAUAGAGAUAUCAAGGGCAAUAACGUUAUGCUCAUGCCAAGCGGUAUAGUAAAGCUAAUCGACUUUGGCUGUGCCCGGCGCUUAGCCUGGGCAAGCCUCAGUGGCACACACAGCGAGAUGCUCAAGUCUGUGCAUGGGACUCCGUACUGGAUGGCACCAGAAGUUAUAAAUGAAUCUGGAUACGGAAGAAAAUCGGACAUCUGGAGCGUUGGCUGCACCGUGUUUGAGAUGGCAACAGGAAAACCACCGCUGGCUUCCAUGGGCAGGAUAGCAGCCAUGUUCUAUAUCGGGGCCCACAGAGGGCUGAUGCCUUCCCUGCCUGACCGAUUCUCGGGAACUGCGGCGGAUUUUGUGCAUGCGUGCUUAACCAGAGAUCAACAUGAACGCCCUUCUGCUCUGCAGUUGCUGGACCAUCCCUUUGUGAAAGGAAGACAGUGA